UGAAGCCGGAGGUCGCAGCGCACGGCUUAGCCGAUGUCGCUGCUAGCCAUCAGUGGAUAGUGAUAAAAAGUUCGUUAGCCAGACGGCAAGCUCGUUAGUGCGCUGGGUUGCUCAUGGCAUGGCGCAAAAAUUGAUUAACGGCGGCUCUGUGCCUCAGUUGAGCGCGCCCAAUAUAACCGGUGCGUACUCAAACGAGACUUCCGACUUUGGUGAGACCAGCUCGAAGCUGCUGGCCAUUCUGGUGCUCGGUGCGGGAAGUCUCGUUGCAGGAAUAGUGCCACUUUAUUGCAUCAAACAACGGCAACACGGAAACAGACCGGCAACGGCGAUAACCGUGCUGCUAUGUUUCGGCGCGGGCGUUCUACUAGCGACGGCGCUGGUCCACAUGCUGCCCGAGGUCCGGCUCUUCCUGCCCCGAUACGCGGAAGUGGUCUUCUGCUCGGGAUAUUUUUUGAUCUACACCAUUGAUGAACUGGUUUAUUUGUGCAGUGCGUUCAGUACAAAGAGCACCGAUGAAAGCUCCGGCCACGUUAAUUACUGUUACGACGAUUCUUUCUCCAUGCGGAGUAAAAGUGAAGCGAACAAUGAGAGCCCUCCAGAAGUCCAACCUCAGCCGGAACCGAUGAUGGAAAAAACAAACCAACCGCAAUCGGCAACCGGUACGUUCAGCCUGCUGUUGGCCCUCUGUGUGCAUUCGCUGCUCGAGGGACUGGCCAUCGGAGUGCAGCGUUCUGCACCCAAAGUGAUGCUGCUGCUGGGGGCUGUCGCUGCACACAAGUUCGUCGUCGCCUUCUGCCUGGGGGUGGAAAUCGGCUCACAGAGAAGCAAUCGCCAGGAUCGGCACGCUUCCAGUGUGAUGAAAAUAGUAAUAUUUUCUCUCGGUUCCGUCAGUGGCAUCGCCGUCGGUAUGGCACUAGACGGUCUAGACGAGAACUUCAACAAGUUUGUAAUACCAGUGCUGCAGGGCGUCGCCGGUGGAACGCUGCUGUACGUUACCGUGAGUGAGGUACUACCGCGUGAACGCGGAAAACGACUGCCGGAAACGGCGAGUGGGAUUUGGCAGCUGCUGGCGGUGCUGGCCGGAUUCACCGUGAUGUCGUUACUCAGUCUAAUUAUUACCGAAGCGUGACCGGUUCUCGGUCGAUCCAUUGUGCGGCACAGACGAUAAGCGACGACGAUACGCAACUGGAACAGGUGGAACGAGAUCGAGCUAAUUCAAUCUCACGGUUGACUGUAUGAACAAUCCGCUGAAAGCAAGCGUAGCAGCUUCAAUCAGCGCUGCGUAGGCUAUAUUUAUUUAUGUUGUUGUGUUUUCGUAAUGAUAAAGUACAUGAUAAUUUUCGGUUCGGAAGCAAGUCGUUUAUUAUUCAUUGUUUUGAAUACAAAAUAAGGCCACGACAGAAAAGUCACUAAAAUGUUUGUCGGUAUUUGAGUUAAAUUAACAUCUUCACCACUGCUGUUUUCGCGUGUACGGGAACAAAACGAAGCUCUCCGAUUAAUAAUUUACAUAUAUAUAUUACUAUGACCAAAUACGUGACAUCACACGAUCAAUUUGCAAUUUCAAAACACGUCUCACUUUCUACAGUAGCACAAACAAAACCAGAAAUUCAAAACAACAACUUGUUUAACUUCAAUGGAGCGGUUUCGGUGUUUGUGGGAGCCAAUUCACAAAGCACAUAUUUUCUGUACAAUAAUUUACUGUACAUAAAGAUGAUACUGCACAACAAGCAGUGUAUGAUAAUUCAAAAUGAAGCCCACCAUCAAGCCAUGUUUGUUCAUUGUGCAAUGGGAAGCCCAAUAAAGACAUCCGCUUCAGAGUUUUAUCACAAAGUGGUUAGCGUUACAGUAUAUAACUUCAAACUAGAAAAGGAAAAAGAUUUUACCAGUUCAGUGAAUAACUUACCUAUGAUGGUUUGUUUGAUAGGCGGGCAUGUUAAACUUGUGCUCUCAGGUGAUUCAAGUUGUCACACCACAUCCGUCCUACAGUCUUCAAUUUGUUGAAUACCCUGAUGUAUUCGCUCAACCCGAUAAUAUGUUAUUUAUAAUAAAGUUGAUAAUACAAUAUAUUGUUAUAUUAUUAUAUGAUAAAAUAAAUAAUAAACAAAAAUUUCAGGAUAUAAUUAUGCAUGUAAUAUAGACUGUCUAUGGUACAGUGUGCGCCAUAAUUAUUGCAACAAGAAACCAUAUUUUUCGUAAAUAAGAGAAAACUUUUGAAC